AUGGAAAAUUAUAUGACCGCGCAACGGAACCAGGUAUUCAGUUCCGUUUGCGCGUUGGUGUAUGUGGUGGAUGUUGUUGGAACAGAUGUCGACGGAGGGAGCGAUGCAAGUGACUGGGAGACGGAUCUUCGGUACUUCCGUGAUUCUCUCUCGGCUUUGCAAACACAUACGCCUGAUGCUGAGGUUUUUUGUUUGCUGCACAAGAUGGACCUUAUUGAGCCAUCUCGACGGAAGAAUAUCUACAUGAAUCGUGUUGCCGACCUGCGAAAAAAAGCUCGUGAAGUCUUAAAUGAACAUGCGUCAUCAUCGCCUCAUGCGGCCCAUGCAAUCCAUCUGCGCUGCUAUGCCACGAGUAUUUGGGAUGCGACACUGUACAAGGCGUGGUCGAAUAUUGUGCAUACCAUUGUGCCAGAUGUCCGGCACUUCGAGGCGAGUCUGUCAGAGCUGGCUGAUAUGUGUUCAGCGACUGAAGUUGUGUUGUUUGAGAAGGCCACUUUUUUGGUCAUGUCGCAUUACAGCCGGCUAGAUGCGAAUGAGACAGAUGCAACAAAACACAGUAAAAUGAUGGAUACCAGCUCCGUUGUGCGGAUAGAUGAUCCGCAGGACUCGAAAGAAGUGCUGCUAGCAGGACUCUCGUCGUCGAUGUUGCCACACUCGGAGAAUAUGAAUGACACUGCUGAACGCCAUGUUGUUAUGUCUGACGACAGAUUUGAGCGUGUAAGUGAGCUUGUGAAGCAGUUUAAAUUGUCGUGUCUGUACGUAUGA